CACUCUAUACAUUUUCCUGGCUAGCAACCUAGAAGUCAAGAAAAUCCAUAAAGCCUUGGUAUUUUCAAUUUCAUAACACUUGUUGGACUCAUUCACUUGAAACUUCAACAAGCUCAUUCUCCGGAAAGCAUCCUUUGAUAACUUACCCCAGUCUUUCAUUAAUUCCUAAUUUUAUUUCCUCAUAUAACCUUUUAAUUCAUCUUGACUAACUUGCAUUUUUAAGAACAAAUGGAGAACUGUUUCAAUACUACAAGGCCAGUACUUUCGCAUGGUGACUCAAGCAAUAGAAUUUACCAGUUUUCACCUGAACAUGUGGAAAUCCAGGAACUCGACUCAAGGCUAUUGAAGAGAAGCAAAUCCGUUAAAUCUCUAGAUCAUCCAGUAUCAUUUAUACCAAGCAUAUCAUCUUCAGCAAUAA